CGUGCAUGGAUACACGAACACGCACGCGGAUCGAAAAGAGAAAGAAAAUAAGAGGGAGGUAGAAGGAAGAAGGCCGGCAGUAGACAAGAGGAGUGGUAGAGGAGCACGAAGAAGCAAGUUGGCAGAGACAGCGUCGAGAGAAGUGGUGGUCGUGGUCGGUCGGUUGGUCGGUGGCAGUUCGAGUCUGUCGUCAGGUCGAGAGACGUGUGGUUAGAAUCGACUCGUUGGCAACGUUCUCUCCGCGCUUCUACGUUUUCCUCCUUAUCGCCGCUGAAUUUCUCGCCAGCCGGAUGAAAUUGUGCAAUCGAGGCCUACGUUCACGACGUCUCUCAAUAUGGGUUAAAUGGUGUUUUUCGGACGUGACUCGACAAGAUCGACGAUCCGAUUCUACCUGUUGUGCGCAAACUUCGAUCGCCUGUGCAUUUCCAAGUGAAAAUUAGUGCGCGUAUCGCGUAAGUCUUUGUCGGAACGCAUCCUACCGAUCGAACGACAUUCGUUUAUUCGUGUACUCGUUUCUCUUGCUCUACGUCCGGUACAUAGCUCUGGGAGGGAAUCGAAAGGAAUAUCGCUCGUUGCGAGUAAAGAAGGAAAGAAUAGGAGUGGCGGCAAGUUAGCUUAUCGGAAUCGAAUGAACCGUAUGCGUCGACGACGACGUCGAAGACGAGAACGACGGUAAUACGUAGUCGCUGAUGAUAGCGCAACGAAACACGGAUAAUGCGGCAACUACGUGACCGACCGAGCAACGUUCGCCAGUGCGAGAGAUCAACCUCGACCUCCAAACGCUUUGCCGACAGUGUAGUCUCCAAGAGUUUACGCUUCGGAGGGACAAGAAAUAUUCAGGAAUGCCAUCCUUUUCCCUAUACAUACAUGGAACGUACUGUGAUGCCGCGAUCGUAGGAAACUUUGUUCGUUCGAUUCCUGCAAACGUCUACGAAAAGAUUCUUACGUAGGUCCGCGAGAAACCGUUAAUCGAGACUAGAUUGGAUCGAGCGAAGUAGGACAAAGUGCAAUAAUCCUACUUAAGGACAAAUUCGUGCCGUGUAUUUCUUCUAUCUUUCCGAUGCGCGGAAGAUCAAGGAUCUUCGGAAAGCGUUGCCGGAUCGGGAACGAAAGUCGUUGCUUCGAUCGAUCGAGCGUUCGAUUUUAAAUACGCGUAGACUAUUUUUCCUAUCCGCAUAAUUUACCUGGAUACUACCAUUCCGCGGUAGCAUAGUAUUACUCAGAAAGGCUGCAAUGAAAACUAAGUACCUUAUAACGUACCAAAUAAAUCCAAUAGGUCGUUCGUUUUGAUAAGAAUUUUAAGAAAACGUACAUAUUACGCGGGAGACGUCGGGAGAAUUUACAAAGAACUAGUUAAUCCGAUGUGAUUCGACCUUUCUAUUCCUCCGUAUUCUCCGUAUUACGUUUGCAGAAAAAAUAAGAAAAUCCGACGAAGAUACGAAUUCCGUUUGUCGUUCGACGGUAAUCGACUGCAUCGAACAGCAGAGAGGAUCAGCAGCGAAGGAACAGCCAUGACUUUGGAUCGAUCGGACGAGCAAGGGCGCAUUUAGAAUACAGAAAGAGUCGUCGAGGUACCACUAUCCAAAGCACUACCACAGCUUGGAUGUCGCCGUACAGCAGAGCAUCUCCGUCCGAACGUCCAACUUCCAACAACAACAACAAUAAUGGAGUUGUUAUACUCGAAGGAUGUAGACCACCUGCUGCCACCACCGCUAGAAGGUUUCUCAGGUGGUUCAGCAGACUUGGUCAACCGCCAAUCGGAAAAUCAGGGGUGCUGGAGAUGGCGGCCACAGAGAGCACGAUCCGUUUCAGCGGCCAUACAUUGGACAAAGCUACAAAGGCCAAGGUAACGUUGGAGAAUUACUACAGUAAUCUGAUAGCUCAGCACAUCGAGCGAAAGCAAAGGCUCGCGAAAUUAGAGGAAUCGUUGAAAGACGAGGGUCUGUCGGAACAACAGAAGCAGGAGAAACGGUUGCAGCAUGCUCAGAAAGAAACUGAAUUUCUUCGUUUGAAACGUUCCCGACUUGGCGUCGAAGAUUUCGAGCCUCUCAAAGUUAUCGGCAGAGGUGCUUUCGGAGAGGUACGACUCGUGCAAAAGAAGGAUACCGGACACGUAUAUGCGAUGAAAAUUUUAAGAAAAGCCGACAUGCUGGAAAAAGAGCAAGUGGCGCACGUCAGGGCGGAAAGAGACGUCCUGGUGGAAGCGGAUCAUCAAUGGGUCGUAAAAAUGUAUUAUAGCUUUCAAGAUCCUAUAAAUUUGUAUUUAAUCAUGGAGUUUCUUCCAGGCGGUGACAUGAUGACGUUGCUGAUGAAGAAAGAUACGCUUUCCGAAGAGUGCACGCAAUUUUAUAUUUCGGAGACAGCGUUAGCGAUCGACUCUAUACAUAAACUGGGAUUUAUUCAUAGAGAUAUCAAACCGGACAAUCUGUUAUUGGACGCACGAGGUCAUAUAAAACUCUCUGAUUUUGGAUUAUGUACGGGUCUGAAAAAGUCCCAUAGAACCGAUUUCUACAGAGAUCUCAGUCAAGCGAAGCCUUCGGAUUUCAUGACAUCGUGCGGAAGCGGAAGCGGUGGCGCGAUGGAUAGUAAAAGAAGAGCAGAGAGCUGGAAAAGAAAUAGGAGAGCUUUGGCUUAUAGUACAGUAGGAACACCCGAUUACAUAGCUCCGGAAGUAUUUUUACAAACAGGUUAUGGACCUGCUUGUGACUGUUGGUCCUUGGGAGUUAUCAUGUACGAGAUGCUCAUAGGAUAUCCUCCAUUCUGCAGUGAAAAUCCCCAAGAAACUUACCGGAAGGUUAUGAAUUGGAGGGAAACCUUGGUUUUUCCGCCAGAAGUUCCCAUUAGCGAGGAAGCUAAAGAUACCAUAAUCAGGUUUUGUUGCGAAGCCGAUAGAAGAUUAGGUGCGCAAAGAGGUAUAGAAGAACUUAAACUGGCCCCUUUCUUCCGUGGCGUCGAUUGGGAACAUAUCAGAGAAAGGCCAGCAGCAAUUCCAGUCGAAGUACGUUCUAUCGACGAUACUUCCAAUUUCGACGAAUUUCCCGACGUGAAAUUGGAGAUACCAUCCGCGCCAAUGCCUCAAGAUGGGGAGGUAAUAUACAAGGACUGGGUAUUCAUUAAUUACACGUUCAAACGAUUCGAAGGUUUGACGCAACGGGGCACGCCAACCAAGAAAUAGCAACACUCUAUUUCUUGCUCGGUUUCGACCAGUCAGCAGCCUGACGCAACUGGAAUUCCGGCCUUGGUACAUAACCCGUACCCUCCGAUGUCAUCAACGGCAUCUCGAACGGAUGGUUGAUUCGUUUUAUCUUCUGAAUACGGUCCAGUCAAUCAUCGGCAGUCAGACGCUUUUACAUGUACAUACGUGAUGAGAAAUAGUCACGACGUACGUACAUAGAUACGCGUUAUCGUAUGAAAAUGCGAAAGAAGAAGAAGAAGAAAAGAAAGAAGAGGUAAAAGGACAAGGAAGAACAUGACAAAGACGAUAAAAAAAAGUCGUGUUGUUUUAGGACAAAGGACAAAAAAAAAAGAACGAAGUGAUAAAUAUUCCGGAGACGAGCAGGUGCAAAAAUCGUUGCACAUGUGAUAAGGAAGAACCGAAAUAUUUUCAUGCGCACUGUAACGUUUUUAGCGAUGUCGCAAUUAUAAAACACGUUUGUUUUUCGUUCUAUCGUGAAUACUGUUUCCAUCCGAUCUUCGAUGCGUAGCAUAAUAAGAUCUCUUUCUCUCCCUUCCUCCCUCCUCUCUUUCUCUAUCUUUCUUUUUAUAGUAAAAACAUUAAUGGUAGGAGUAAAGAUGGAGCCUCGGUCCCCCGUGAUUCUCGCAGAAUGUGUAUAAUCUUUGUAUAGGGUUUCGGUCGAUGUCUUUUCUCUGUCUAACGAAGCACUGCUUUAGCUCUCGUUUUCAGCUCUCUUUUAAACGUUGUAUUUAUAGCUAGUACUGUGAUA